GUUUCUUUAUUCAAUCAAAAUUAUGAGUUUACAAGGGUCGGCCGUCAGUCACGAAGUAAAUAGUGUGGAUUUAUCUAAAAUAGCUGGGUUGCAGCAGAAGAGAACUUUGGCGUUUGUUAACCAUUUUCUCGUAACUACUGUACAGUUUUUGAAUAAGUUUACGAAGGACUGUGAAGAAAAACUAAUGCAUUUUGAACGGAAACUUGAAAAAGUUAAUGCUACCAUGGUCUUGUUGGAAGCUAAGCUAUCAUCAAUUCCAGAAGUAAACAUUCAAUCACAAAGUAAGACUGAGGACCCUGAACCUCCCGAUGCAAAUGCAGGUAAACCAGAUAGUAUACCAGUAGAUAGUAAAGAGACAUCACACAAUACAAACCCAGAAACAUCUGAUGGUGAUGAUACCACAGCGGCAAAUGAGACUGCCUCGGAGGAAACUGCUGUAACUCCUGAGUACAUGAGGUUUGUAAAAAUGGUACAGGUGGGAGUGCCUCUACAGGCUGUUAAACUGAAAUUAACACUGGAAGGCUUAGACCCCAGUGUAUUUGAUAAAAUAAUGAACAAAUAGGCAAAUUAAAAAUAUUUUAUGAAAUAAGUUAAGUCAGAACUAUAUUUUUUCAUAAGGGUUCUAUGUAAAUAAUCAAAUAAUCAUAUAUGUAUAAAAUCAAAAUAAAUAUAUUUAUUUACAUGCCAAUGAAAA